AUGGGAGCCAUGAAGCUGAACGAGAGGAGUGUAGCCCACUAUGCACUGAGCGACUCCCCAGCAGACCAUACGGGCUUUCUGCGCACUUGGGGCGGGGCAGGGACUCCCCCCACUCCCAGUGGCACUGGCCGAAGAUGCUGGUUUGUUCUCAAAGGCAACCUGCUGUUCUCCUUUGAGAGCCGAGAGAGCAGGGCCCCGCUGAGCCUGGUGGUGCUGGAGGGCUGCACGGUGGAGCUGGCCGAGGCUCCAAUGUCUGAGGAGUUUGCCUUCGCCAUCCGUUUCGACGCCCCUGGUGUGCGCCCACACCUGCUUGCGGCAGAUGGGCCCGCGGCCCAGGAGGCCUGGGUGAAGGCACUGUCCAGGGCGAGCUUUGGCUACAUGCGCCUGGUGGUGCGCGAGCUGGAGAGCCAGUUGCGAGAUGCCCGCCACAGUCUGGCCUUGCAUCGCCACUCAUCCUGGAAGGCCAUUACCAGCCGCUAUAAGCCCCAGGCUCCUGACCAUCGGCCUCUGGGCCUGGAAAACGGCCACUCCCUCUCCAAGGAUUGCAGCCCUGUGGACUUGGGUGAAGAAAGUGGCAGCAGGCCAGCAGGGCAGGGCUUGGCCGAGUUGCAGGGCCCUGCCGGCCUCUUCCUGGGCAGGAGGCAGAGCCCCCUGUUCCCUGAGACCUUCUACUUCUCUGCCUUGCACAAUUGGUAUGGCCAGGAGAUCUCGGAGCUGAGGCAGAGGUGGAUGCAGAGGGCCCGGGGGAGCCGGCCAGAACGUGAGAAACAGGAUGGGCACUGA